CCGCUGUCACGGGUAGAGGUGUGUGUUUAUGUUUCCGCGAUGAAAAUUCGACCUCCAUAGAGGUUAUGUUUACGUGCACCGCCAAGACGACGCAUGUCUUUACACGUUGAUCUCUUUAAAAACGACGCGUCCGCGUGCUCUUGGGAACGUCGGCUUCAUGAUAUUUCAAGGAAUCCACGAGCUCUCCCUGACAGCGGAUUGCAUUAACGCACCUGACGGCUUCGGCGAAACCCGGUAAAUGCGUGUGAAGUGUGUCGAGGCAUAUCCAUCGUAAACAUAGUUCGUGCGGUAGUGUUCGUGUGAAGGGCCACCGAGAGGCCGCGGCGGUGGGUUUUCGAGAUGAGCUAUGAAUCUGGGUUGCCUGGUAGCCUGUGUCUUCGUCCUUCAGCUGCUCCAGCUGCCGUCAGUACUCUACGCGCUGCCUUCUGUCGUCAAAAUCGGUGCUAUAUUCACUCAUGACCAAAAGGAUAGCAGCACGGAGCUGGCCUUCAAGUACGCCGUUUACAAGAUCAACAAAGAGAAAAUUAUUCUGCCGAAGACCACGCUGGAGUACGAUAUCCAAUACGUGCCGAAAGAUGAUUCCUUCCACGCUUCUAAGAAAGCGUGCCAGCAGGUCAAAUACGGCGUCCAGGCGGUCUUCGGGCCAUCGGACCCAAUUCUGGGCCAGCACAUUCACAGUAUCUGCGACGCCCUCGACAUCCCACAUCUCGAGGCCAGGCUGGACCUGGACGCGGAAGCGAAGGAGUUCAGCAUCAACCUCUAUCCCGCACAAAGUCUGCUCAACAUCGCUUAUCAGGACGUUAUGGAGUUCCUCAAUUGGACCAAUGUGGCGAUCAUCUACGAAGACGACUACGGAUUGGUGAAGUUACGGGAACUCGUGAGAUCACCGAAGAUCCGUGACAUCGAAGUCAAUCUCAGACAGGCGGAUCCCGACUCGUACAGGCAGGUCCUUUCGGAAAUGAAAAGCAAGGAAAUUCGAAAUCUAAUCGUGGACACAAGACCCGAGCACAUGCAUCAUUUUCUACGAAUGAUCCUACAGCUGCAGAUGAAUGAUUACAAGUACCACUACCUCUUCACGACAUUCGAUAUCGAAACCUUCGACCUGGAGGAUUUCAAGUACAAUUUUGUCAAUAUCACUGCCUUUCGUUUGGUCGACGCGGACGACCUCAGCGUACGCAGUAUCCUGAGGGACAUGGAACGCUAUCAGCCUGCGGGGAAUACGAUCCUCAAUAAAUCGAGAAUCAUCCAGGCCGAGCCGGCGUUGAUGUACGACAGCGUACAGGUGUUCGCAGUGGGAUUACGCACCCUGGAGCAAUCCCAUGCUUUAAGACCCGCCAAUAUCUCCUGCGAGCUCGAGCACCCCUGGGACGGCGGAUUAUCCCUCACCAACUACAUCAACUCGGUCGAGAUGAAGGGAAUCUCUGGGCCCAUUGAAUUUAAAGAAGGCCGCAGGAUUCAAUUUAAAUUGGAUCUGCUGAAGCUGAAGCAACACUCGCUCGUCAAGGUCGGCGAGUGGCGUCCCGGCGCCGGCGUCAACGUCACAGACACCGCAGCCUUCUUCGAGCCCAGCAUCGGCAACGUAACUUUGGUCGUGAUCACUAUACUGGAGCAGCCGUACGUAAUGCUGAAGACCGGGGGGAAUUUCAGCGGGAACGCGCGCUACGAGGGCUUCUGCAUCGACCUGCUGAAGGAGAUAGCGCGCGUAGUGGGCUUCACCUACAGGAUCGAGCUCGUGCCAGACGGCAAGUAUGGCGUUUACGAUUACGAGACCGGCGAAUGGAACGGGAUAGUGCGCCAACUGAUGGACAAGAAAGCUGAUCUCGCAGUCGGCUCGAUGACGAUCAACUAUGCGCGCGAGAGCGUCAUCGACUUCACGAAGCCGUUCAUGAACCUGGGCAUUUCGAUCCUCUUCAAGGUGCCGACCAGCCAUCCGGCGCGGCUCUUCUCCUUUAUGAAUCCACUGGCGAUCGAGAUCUGGCUGUGCGUCUUGGGGGCGUAUGUUUUGGUGUCGGUGACGAUGUUUAUCGUGGCCCGGUUCAGCCCGUACGAGUGGAACAAUCCGCAUCCGUGUCACGCCGGGCAGGAAGUCGUCGAGAACCAAUUCUCCUUGUCGAACAGCUUCUGGUUCACUAUCGGGACCCUCAUGCAGCAAGGCAGCGAUCUGAAUCCCAAGGCUACAAGCACGCGCAUCGUAGGUGGCAUAUGGUGGUUCUUCACCUUGAUCAUCAUCUCGUCGUACACUGCGAAUCUGGCGGCUUUCCUUACGGUAGAGAGAAUGAUCACGCCGAUUGAGAACGCGGAGGACCUCGCCAGCCAAACGGAUAUCGCGUACGGGACUCUCGACAGCGGAAGCACUAUGACUUUCUUCAGGGACUCGAUGAUCGAGACGUACAAGAAAAUGUGGCGUUUCAUGGAGAACAAGAAGCCGUCGGUGUUCGUCCCGACUUACGAGGAAGGUAUCCAGCGGGUGCUACAGGGUGACUACGCCUUUCUGAUGGAGUCGACCAUGCUGGAUUAUAUCGUUCAGAGAGAUUGCAAUCUCACGCAAAUCGGCGGACUUUUGGACACCAAGGGAUAUGGAAUCGCCACACCUAUGGGUUCCCCAUGGAGGGAUAAGAUAUCUCUGGCGAUUUUGGAGCUGCAAGAGAAAGGCGAAAUUCAGAUGCUGUAUGACAAAUGGUGGAAAAGUCCCGGGGAUACUUGCAUGAGAACGGAAAAGGGAAAGGAGAGUAAAGCCAACGCUCUGGGCGUCGACAACAUAGGAGGGGUCUUUGUGGUUUUAUUGUGCGGCUUGGCAUUCGCCGUGCUCAUAGCGAUUUUCGAGUUCUGCUACAACUCAAGAAGGAACACGCCGGCGGAACGGCAAAGGCCUCCGAUGGCGACGCCUACCACCACCGGUUCUCUGCAGGGAAUUUCUCAGGCCGUGCAGCAGCAACAGCAGCAGCAGCAGCAGCAACAGCAACAGCAGCAGCAGCAGCAGCAGCAGCAACAACAAUGCCAGCAGCCGCAACAACAGCAGCAACAACCGAAUCAACAGCAAGAGUCGCUCUGUUCGGAGAUGGCACGCGAGCUCUGCCGUGCCUUACGCUGCCACGCGUCGUCUCGACGACGUCGACGCACCUGCGACAAAUGCUCCACGCACGUGAUCGGCUAUCCGCCGGAUAAUCCCACUGCCACCCCCAUAAACGGGAUGAGGUCCCAGAGAAGCAGCCUGGCCAUGCCCGUAGUCGAACUGCCUCCACACAUCCAUAUGCAUCAUCACGCACCGCCGCACGAUUACAACGGCAACUAGAGCCGAGGGACGUCCUCAUCGAGACGAAGUAACAGUGUGACACUAGUCGUAGCCCAGAAACAAGUACAAAAAGCGUAUCAUGCGUCGUGAAGAAGCGGAAAAAAGUCGGAUCGGCCCGCACGCCGAUUCGCGACCCGUCAAGAAGCACGAGCCUUCACUUUUUAAAUCCCGACGAGUUUUGCACAAUAUCGCGGAAUCGCAAUCGACGUUUUACAAUCAUGAAGGGAGCUUAAAUACGCAUUUGUAUGGCGAACGUGCGCGCCGUUUUUCCGCACGUUUGACAAAUCCGUCGAAAUCGACGCGGUAACAAAACGGCGGUAAUCGAUGAAACGGUGAAAUGACUCCGAAGUGGCCUCUCUCGUUCGUGAAUUUUGUACUAUUCGUCGACCCGCGGGGCAUAUUAUAAUUACAGCGACGCGUGAUCGACAGUGUUCUCCGCUUUAUUUGUUAAAUUUUCGAGUACAUCGAGAUGACGUGACGCUAUCUAGGGGAACGUUAAAAAAUUUUAAUUAACGAAUUACAACGGGAUGUAUCAAGUUCCGAGAGAAAUUUCCUCCAUCAAUCAUGCUAUUGGGGUCAAUAUUCAGUUUAACAACGAGUUCAAGUAUUUGAUAGAUCUACGUUAUUCCCCAGGGAGCUUUAAUAGAUUGCCAAUAAUCGUAAUAGUGUAAUUUAGUCGAGCGAUUUUUAGCAUACGUUGAGAUCGACGGCUCUCUGUAAAAAACUGUCGAAUUCACGGGAAAAUUCAACGAUGUACAAAACGAACGUGGGGAGGAAUAUUUUUUUCUGUACUCCCCCUCCCUCUCUCUCUCUCUCUCUCUCUCUUUCUUUCUCUCUCUCAACGUAGAAAUGUCACGUAAGAAUUUCUCCGAUAAAUUGAUCCUGCCCCUGAAAUUUUCAUUUUUAGCUUACACAGGUCUCGCGCUCGAGGCCUGCGUUGUUGCGAAACGAUUACUGCGAAUUAGCGCGUCCACGACGCCGAGAAACCUAAUCUUCCUUCGAUUGCUACGGUAUCGUUAAGAUCAUUCAAUUAAGAGAGUAGUGCGCUGAACUUAGGGAUAGACGAUGAAAAAUCCUUCCGUCCUACAUCCUGAGAAUCAGGCCAUUCGUUUACGUCCGCGAUCGUGAACUCAACGAUGGUCCUCCGCCGUCUAGCACGUUCACGCUACUCUCGCACGAAAUCCGACGUUCGAUCUAUGCACAGAACGACGCUCGAACACACACCCUGUUAAUAAACGCGUUCUCUCACCGCGAAAGGCGAGACCGUAAUGACACAGCGCGUAAUGUGUAAUAACCGAAGUACUUGCGAGAUAUUCUGUAAAUAUCGCUGUGAAAAUAAAAACAAAGAGAGAGAAAUGGCAGCAGCCAGCUGAUCGUAACGGGAAUAUUUUAUGCAAAAGUGGACGAGUGAGUAAUCGUUAGCGCUAAUCGAGUACAACUUAGACGUUUGGUGUUAUGUAUAUGCGUGUUGUAUAUGCUGAUAGACGGUGAAUAAAUGUAAGAUGAGAGAACGGACGUAUGUCGUUGUCCUUUCUUUUGCUCUGUACCUGCUCUGCCCGCGCAAUUAAGAGAUCGGUGAUCUCGCAAGAACUGUGAGGUGUGCGAUCUGUACAAGAAGAUUGACGAUGCGCAAUUCUUGCUCUCGAAGCAAGAAAAUAUCAUUCGACGAGAGAGUCGCUUCUCCUGCUUAAAUUUCACACACAUCAAAAGUUCAUCCACUAUACCACCCGGUAGAG